CGGCAUAUGUGGGAUACGGAGUCAGGCUCAAUUGGGUUGAUGUCGUGUGAUGAUGAUGAUGAUGAUGAUGAUGAUGAUGAUGAUGAUGAUGAUGAUGAUGAUGAUGAUGAUGAUGAUGAUGAUGAUGAUGAUGAUGAUGAUGAUGAUGAUGAUGAUGAUGAUGAUGAUGAUGAUGAUGAUGAUGAUGAUGAUGAUGAUGAUGAUGAUGAUGAUGAUGAUGAUGAUGAUGAUGAUGAUGAUGAUGAUGAUGAUGAUGAUGAUGAUGAUGAUGAUGAUGAUGAUGAUGAUGAUGAUGAUGAUGAUGAUGAUGAUGAUGAUGAUGAUGAUGAUGAUGAUGAUGAUGAUGAUGACGAUGACGAUUUACCAAUGCAGAUUUACGCAGCGCAAUGUCUGUCUCGUAUAUUUAUUUACUAGUAUCUGGUCGGCACCAAGCCC